CGCUUCGAAGCUUCGUAAGUCUGAACUCAUUCGCCUCAAAGAUGAAGUUCGCAAUCUCCUUGUUCGUGGUCGUUCUUCUUUCGGCGGAGACGGUCCUAUGCAAACCAACAAGUGACCAAAAACAAGAACAGAAAAGUGGUUUCCUAGGUUUACUUUCGAGUGCAUUAGACAAAACCGGUCUGAAAUCCUACGCAGACAGUGCCAGCAAGGCUGUGGAGGCAGUUAACCCCAUGAAGCUGAGCGACAAGUCGUUACAAGGUGAAGAGAAGAAACACGAAGGUGAUGAUAAACCGGAUCCACACAAAUUGGAAGUGUACGAACAACUUAAAGCCGAAUGGGAGAAACAGAAACAACUGACAGGAGAAUAUAUUAAAGCCGCAACCGAGGACGUCAAAAAUAUGAAGGAAUUAGAAGGUAAAUCCGAAGAGGAGAUGAAACAAUUUUUAGCGCAGGCAGCACAAACUGAACAGCUAGCGCAGAAAAAUUCGAAAGAACAGUCAUUCCAAUUCGAAAAGCAGAUACAGAUUUAUUUGAAGCAAAUAGGAGAACUCCAAGAAAAAGCACUGGAGUUUUCGAAGCAAGAACAAAGUAAAUACGAAGAGGAGUCACUGAGAUGUACAAAGAAGGCAGCAGAACUCAAAGAGCAGGCAGAGAAAGCUUCGAAGGAAGAACAAAGUAAACUCGAAGAGCAGGCACAAGCAUUAUUGAAAAAAGCAGAUGAAGCCAAGGAGCAAGCAAAGAAAUUUUCGAAGGAAAUUGAAAUUCUAGUCACAGAGGGGAUACAGAAACUGCAAGUACAAGCAGAAGAAAAAUCGAAGGAAUUGCAGAAACAAGCACAAGAGCAGUCACAGAAAGCUGCAGAAGUUGGAGAACAAUUAAAACAACAAGCUGAAGAAAAGUCGAAGGAAGCACAGAAACAAGCUGAGGAACUAUCACAGAAAGGUUUGGAGAUUGGGGUACAAUUGGGAGACAGCAAAUCGAGUGAUGCACAGAAAGGUUUGGAUAUUGGAUUACAAUUGGGAGGAGAAGCAUCGAAGGAAUCACUAAAGCAAUACGAAGAGGAGAAUGUUAUGGAAAAAGGUGGCCUGUUUAAUCGUCCGAUACUGGAAUUGUAAACGGCUGAUGUCAAGAACUGGCCUUGCUUGACCCUCACUUCCUAUCUAAGGAUGAUGGUUUUUGACGCCUUCAGCAAAGUCCAGGGUGGGAAGGCUAUUUUCAGUGAAAUUGUACAUUUUCAAAGCCUAUUUGAACUCAUCUCAGGAAGCAAUUAACAUACGUAGGAAUAAUAUAUUACUAAAAAGAAAAAAUGCAAGAGUAGACUAUUGCAAAUGGAAAGUGUUGAUUCCUUAUCUCAUAGUAUGGAAUCAAUCAUUUCUUCCUACGAUAUUCAGAAAUGGACAUAAAAGUUAUCUCUAAUUUUUUGUUUUAAUUUUGUACUUGAUCCAUACCCUCGACCAAAUAUUGUUAUGAUAAGUAAUCAGUCUUAAAUUUGUUAAAUACAAUGCUGAAAAUAAUCGCCACCUCAAUUGAAUACUGUGGUGCAAGAACCGAUCGUCUCCAGAAUCGAAGAUGUUUCAAGAAGUACUCUUUUUUAAUUUUUUGAGAUAUGUACUGACUUGGAAUUGUUCAAACAUGGAGAUGACUGAUUUUUGCACAGAAGUUUUCAAGUGUUUGUAUGACUGUAUGUAAUUUAGAAUCAAAAUAAAAGGUUUUUUUCCCUAAAUUCAUUCCAUAAGUGUGGGUUAUAGUGUAUAGUUCUGAUCUGAGAUAAAGAAGGAGGCUGAGCACUUUAUGUACAAAAGCAAUUUUUAUAUAAAUAAAUUAAAUUUACAAUUA